GAACAACUUUCAUGUCAUAUAUUCUACAUUCGUUUGACCGAAUCAUGGGUUUUGGACACCCUGGACGGGCCUUGUUGGCCCGAAUUGGCCAGUUUCUUCUUCUAGCGCAAGUCCUGUUGACUGUACAGGCUCACCCUUUUCAUAAUCACUCCAUCGCGUACACUGGAGAAGAUAACCAUUUGAAUACUUUCGUUGAGCGAGCCAGUGCCUCUGAAUUCACGGCGCUGUCGAGAAACACUAAAAUGUUGGUGCAUAAUAGCUGCACUAGCAAGAUGAAUUUGCAAGCAUGGCAAACCGUCUUGGACGCACUGACCGUUGUUGCCCAACACGGGCAGCAGACCGCAUCAGUUACCUACCAAAUUAUCGACUACUACAUCUCGACUGACAAUCCAACUCUGAAUGAUGACAACAGGCGGAUGAUGGAUCUGUUCAUGACCCUAUACGGCACUUUCAAAUGGGACGAUGUCAGUGCAAAGACUGUAGCAAGAGCUCGCGCGCAGCGAUUGAGCGAAAUUGCUACGAUCUUUGCAAAUGGUCUGGCAAAGAACACAAUGCACUGGCGUUGGAUGUGUGACUCGAAAGAAUGGGUCGUGGACCCUAAUGAUGCAAAUGCUUGGAUGAUCAAAAACAUGGAUUUGAGUCCUCGCGGGACAAAGAAGACUUCUAAUAUUUGCUUGAUGCCAGCUGAUUCAAAUGGUGUCGAACGGUCAGCCGCGGCCUUCGUGCUAGACGCUCCAAGGGAUGUCGCCAAUUAUCAGCCUGACUGGAUUACAUUCUGUGACGGAGCAUGGAGUGAACUGAAGUAUCAGAUGCAUCAGUACCUCGACCAGGCAAGCGUAACCAAACUCCACACCCAAAAAAGUUGGAUUCAGUCAGUCAUCUAUUACACAUGGGAGCGACUUUUGGCGCAUGAGCUUUUCCAUGGAAAGGCUGCAUUCGGAGCAUAUGCAGGAAUUGAUUAUAAAUAUGGAUGGAACGAUAUCGUUCAGCUUGCGAAAGACAGUAAUGGGGAAACUGAUGUCAACAAGCACAAGCCUCUGAAAAAUAACGAUUCAUUUUCAUACUGGUUGAAUGGCGUGUACCUAACCUAUUGCAACUUCAGCAACGGCCAGUGCAAACCCGUUAGCCAGCCAACAACAGGCAACCCCUAGAAUCCAUGAUACUCCGUCUAUGGUUCUUUGGUCAUCAGGUUUAGGGUUCUUCCAAGGCUUCAACAUUUAACGUUUCACGUUCUUCAAGUUCCUUUUGGCAUAUAUCUCCGUCUCAUCUCUGCUGCAUGCACUACAUUCUUUGACCUUGGAACUGAAAAAGAUGCGGGCUCCACAUGCAGUUCUCGCAAUAAUCAUGGAUUGUGGAUAUGUACUUAGGUACUAUAUACGUAUAGGACUAUCGAUGUCAACUAUUUACUUGCUUUGAAAUUGAGACAUAUCCUCACAUGC